AUGUUGUUAAGAUUAGUAAGUCAUCUCAUGAAAAUAAUUUAUAAAACAACUGAAGAGAAAGUUAAUUAUAAUAAAAAUUAUGUAAGGAUACCAAUAAAGCUUUUAAACACCUUUAAUUAUAGAAUAUUUAUGUUUAAAAAAAUAAAAGGUGCUUCUAAUGAAUGGUUAACCAGUGAUUAUACAGGACAAAUUAAUUUAAGUCAAUAUGAAUUAUUUGAUACACAAAUACAAAAUGAACAAUCUAAAAAAGAAAAAAUUGAUAUUAAAAAUAAACCAAAUGAUGAAAAAAAAACAAUUGUUUUUUUAGAAGAAAACAAUGAUUUUUCUUUUUUAAAUGAAAAUGGUUUUUUAAACAUAGAUAAGACGCUAAUUAAAGAAAAAAAGAUGCCCAAGUUAUCAAAAAAAGGAAAAUACACACGUUUGGAAAGUAAAAGUUCAAAAGGAAAAAAUCUUAAAAUAGUUGAGGUUAUUGAAGAAAAUAGUCUUUUAGGAUAUAAUUACAAUGAACAGUUUGAAUUAUUAAUUCACAUAAUAAAGAUGCAUUGGAAAAUAUUGAGAAUUGAAAUAAAAAGUAACAGAAUUCUGAUGUACUGUAAUAAAAGUCAACCAAUUUUUACUCAUAAGUUAAAAUUUAAAAUCAAUAAAAGAUUGCUAAAAAUUCUUAAACAUGUGUUUAAAAUGUUAGAAUUAUUUGAAAAGAAAUGUUUAGAUCUAAAAAGCCAUCAGAUGAAAUAUGGAGUACUUAAUGAUGGUGUUGUAUAUUUGAAUUUUUUAAUUUAUGAUAAUAAGGUUCUGUUAUUUAAAAAAAGAAACAAACUUUUGUUUGGAAUAAAUGUAUUUAGUAGUUCAAAAUGGUAUAAUGAAAUGGAAAAAAUAUUAAAAUUACAUAAAGUUGAUUGUUUAUUGAAAUUUGAUAGUGAAUAUUCUAUUAGUCAUGAAAUUGAAAAAAAAUUAAACACUUUUUCUUCAAUUUUAAAUUUAGAUCAAGAAAGUUAUCUCAAAAGAAAAUUUUAUAAUCUCUUAAUUUCAUUAAAUAAUGGUUGGCAUUUGAUUGAUAUUGAAGAAAUAAAAGAGAGAAUAUUAAAAUAUUAA